AUGAAGGACACAACUAGCAGGUGGUUGACUACAAAAAUGGACCUUAGCGAAUUGAUUUUACAUGCGCAAAGUCCUGUGAAGGAUCAGAGAGAAUCAGCAGAGACGGCAUUAUUGAGCCUAUGUUCUAGUGAUCCUGGAUCUGUGUUUGUAUCGCUGAUUAAUAUCGCAUCUGAUCCGUCGGCUGAAGUAGCCUCUAAACAAUUUUGCUUGGUGUCAAUUAGAAAGCUAAUCACAAUGUAUUGGAAUGCCGGUUUUGAAUCGUAUUGCGGGCCACCUGGUGUCAAUGAGGGGGCCAAAGAGGUUGUCAGGGAAAACUUGCUGAAAUUGGUUUUAGGUGAUUCUCAAAAUUCGAAGAUUGUGAGUGCUAGUUCAUACUGCAUUGUACAAAUUGCAGCUGUUGACUUUCCUGACGAGUGGCCCUCAUUGUUAGACACUGUAUAUGAUGCUAUUACUUAUGAUUAUUCUGCCAAUGCUUUAUCUCUCUUGCAUGAGAUAUUUGAUGAUGUUGUCUCUGAGGAAAUGUUCUUUCAGGGUGGAAUCGGUUGGAAGACUGUACAAAUUGUAUUUAGUUUACUAUCCAACACUUCUUCGUCCUUUGGCAUAAAGGAUGCAGCGAUGAAAUUGUACCACUCCUGUUUGCUGCAAUUGUUGUCCCCUCAUGCACUCGAAUCUGAUGAGAACAGAUCCCAGAUUGCUCAACAUGUGAAUGAGACCUUACAUAUUUUCCUACAAUUACUUGGCAAUCAUAAUUUAGCUGAUCCUUCAAAUGAACUUCUCGACCUAAAGGCUCACACCUAUGAGAAUUUGACAUUAUUGAAAACCCAAUUCCCUAAGAAAUUAUUCCCUGAUGAUUUAAAGGGUUCCUUCAAAACUGUUGCUCUAAAGGAUCUAGACACGCUGGGCAAAUAUUAUUCUCAAAUUUUAGCAUCAGUUGAUGAAGCUCUUUUGCAAUCCGUUGAUGAAAGCGCUAUCAAUAUUAUUGGCUUUUUGUCCUCUUUACAUGAGUGUGAGUUAGAGGGGCCAGAAGUUAAUAAUUUAUUAGAGUCACUAGUACAACUUUGUUCCUUACCUAUGCACCAAGCGGAUGAUUUGACAAACGACUUAAAUUCAUUUGUGAGUAAGGAAACAGGUGUUUCCGGGGUAUACACAAUUCGAGAUGAAGUGUUUCAAUUUCUUAGUGAUAUGAUUGGGACAAAUUAUAGAAAUAUAUUUCAGACCUUACUGGAACAAGCAGGUUCUGUUAUGCACUUAGAUUGGGAGAAGCAGGAGUCCAUGUUGUACCUUCUCCAAAGUUGCCAAGGGAAUACUGAGGAGUUUGAAGUUAAUUCUCAGGGAUUGGUGGAGUUACUUCUCAGAUUGCAGAAUAUUUUGGAAUCACAAAAUAUCCAUUGUUUGGUUUGGUCAAGACUUUCAAUAACUAUUGCAAAGAUAUUGGAAAAAUUUGUUUGUAAACUUGAGAAUAUUAAGCUAAUUGUGAAAGAAUUUAUCUUCAAAACUUUAACGAUUGCAUCUUCCUCGCCAAACAGCACAAUGAAGGCAGGAUCAUUGAUAUCUUACAAAUGUUAUUCGUCUUUUGUUGCCCUCGGUUCUGUUUUAGGUGUUGAAGAUUGCGAGAAGUUAGAAAGACAAGUAUUAGAUAUCAUCAACGAUAUCUAUGCGGAAGUCGAUGAUGAUACACCUGGUUUCUUGCUAGAAGUUUUAUCAGGUGUUAUAGCUUCCAAUCCUGAAAGUACUAACAAAAGCCUCAAAGCUUCUGAAUUGGAGUUUGUCUUAAAGUUGUCUACUUCAGAUCCAUACAGUGUCCAAGUGGUUGUUGAGGCACAAGAUUGUCUGAGUUCAUUGCUCCAAAAGGUAAGAAGCGACGAUUAUAUUUAUUACGCGGAGUUAUGUAUUCCGUCGUUUGUCUCUGUAUUGAGAGCUGAUGGUACUCAUGGUUUUGCAUACACACCACUAGUAUCUCUUUCCUUAGAGCUUCUAACUGUGUUCUUAAAGAAGAACCCAAGUGACGGUUUUCUACCGCAGUCAGUAGUUGAAUAUGUUUUUGAACCAUUAACGUCCCUAAUUAUGAGCUCUGAAGAUGACGAGUUGUUACAACUUUCCACUGAAGCUUUUGCAUUUUUAUUAGCUAACUCGAAAAAAGAUGAUAUAUCUUCUCACCUACAAACAGCUAUAAUGAUACUAGAAAGGCUAUUAGCAUCGGAUACAUCAUAUUCAGCUUCCAGCAAAGUUGGCUCUUUAUUAUUAUCCGUUUUAACCAAAUUUGCAGAUCAAAUUCAGGACAUAAUGCCAAAACUUUUGGAGGCUGCGGCAAGAAGGCUUGUGCAAGUGAACAAUAUACACACAGUGGAGAACUUGAUUUUGGUAUUCUGUCAUUUGACAUCAGUCGAUGUAAAACAAACAGUUGACUUUUUAUCUUCCUUAAUUUUGGAUUCAGAUGGCCAUUCAGCUUUACAAUUAAUCAUACCAAAGUGGCUUGAUUCAUUUGAAAUUAUUAGAGGCGAGAAGAAGAUAAAGGAAAAUAUCGUUGCCUUAUCAAAACUAUUCUUCUUGAAUGACUCAAGAGUUGCAAACAUCCUUGUCAAUGGUGACCUUAUACCUUACGAUGGUGAUUUAAUCAUUACAAGAUCUAUGGCAAAAAGCCUGCCAGAUAAGUAUACUCGCAUUUCGGCUUAUGAAAAAAUUAUCAAACUAAUGGUGACUGAGUUGAUGUUCCAAUAUAAUCAACCUGAUCCUGAUAAGUAUAUGUCAUCUCAGUCAGAAAAAUUAACAAAGACCAAUCAGGACAAUAAGAGUAAUUCUGGUAAUGCUGAUCAUGAUGACGAUUGGGAAGAUAUCGAUGAUGUAUUGGAAUAUGAAAAACUGCAAGAAUAUAUUGAAGGUAGCGAUAUUGAUGAUGAUGACGACGAUUUACUAAUCAUGAACAAUAUUCAGGAAACCACAUCAGAGUUGCUAUCUCAGUUCUUUAAAGAAGCUGUUAUAAAAGAUAUAAGUGGCUUUAAAGACAUAUAUACCCGUUUGAAUGAGCAGGAGAAGAGGUGUUUGUCAAUUUAUAUAGUCUAG